AUGUGCGAUACGCAUGAAAAAUUGGCGGCUCGAGACAAGGGGGAAGAGGAGGGGGAAGAAUGCUCUGUGACCGUCGAUGGUGCAGGCGUGGACCGUACCACAGGACUGUACCGCAGCAUAACCACCUUCGCCACUCUGCACCGCAUGCACCUCGCCACGCAGCAGCAGCAGCAGCAGCGCACACGGCGGCAGGCGUCCAGCAAGGGCGCGGUGGCGGGGAGGGGAGCACCGCUCAGGCCGCCGUCCAUGGGGCUCGAGCAGGUAGGCGUUGGCGUGCAGUGA